UCCCCUGUACUGUGCGCACAAGGGAAAAGAAAAAUCCCACGCGACGCGGCCGCCGCCGCUUCCAUACUUUCCAGAACCACCGCCUCCGCCGCCGCCGGCAGAGCUCCCCCCUGGUAGGGUCAACCCCCUUCUCCAUCCUCUGACGACUGCGGACUGCGGGAAGCGCCAGCCGCGGCCGCCGCCGAGAAGGAGGAGCCCGCUCCCCAAGCAGAGGGGUGGGGAUCAGUGCGUGCGCUCCACGAGGAGGACGUGGAAGAGCUGGGCAGCCGACGAGAAGGGGUUGGGGAGGAUGGUUUCGCUGUCGACUUUGUUCCGCUAUGCCGCGCACAAGUUCGAGUACUCCAUCUCCCUCUCGCGGAAGAAAUAUAAUGUGGGCCAGAUCAACAGUACGGAGCUAACUGAUGCGAUAUGGAAAAACUACAUCCAUGGCAAGCUCACCUACACGCAUUGGACCAAAGGGGGAGAAGCCAUGGCUCCCAUCGUAUCUCCAACUGGAGGAACCCUCCUUGUCAGAAAGCUCGCAAAUUUGAGCCCCACACAAGUGUUUGUUGGGGACGUUGUCUUGUUAAAAGACCCAGAGAAAUCUGAUGAUUUAAUUAUUCGACGACUGGCUGCCCUGGAAGGCUAUGAGAUGGUCUCUAAUGAUGAGAAGGAUGAGCCGUUUGUACUUGAGAAAGACCAAUGCUGGGUCCUGGCAGACAACCUAGCCCUUAAGCCAAAGGAAGCUAGAGAUAGCCGCUUGUUUGGACCUGUCCCAAUGACUGACAUCCUUGGCAGAGUGAUAUACUCUUUAAGAACGGCUGUUGAUCACGGUCCAGUCGAGAACAGCGGCAUGGCCAUGAAACAGGAUGGCCCAGUACUCGCAGUGGAGCUUGAUGUGGAAGAGAUGGCAAAGAAUAAUAAGGCGUAGUAGAUACUUGAUGUUUUCGACAUGCCGUGCUGUAACUCACCGCCACAAUGGAUUUUGUUAUUUAUGAUCUGUUGCUUCAAGUAGAACUGCAUUGGAAUGUUUUUUUUUUCACGGUUUGCCUGUGGAGCAGUCAAUAAUGGUCUUGACAAAAUAAUCCAGAGGCUGCUGGAUCGUGAUCAUUAACAGUUGCGUUGGUAUCCAGUGCUAUCCAUUGUGUGAUUGUAAUGGCUGUGUUUAGGGUUUCUUAUUUGUCUAUUAAGUUGCCGUGAAUUUUGUAUUUGCGUGUGUUCAUGGAGCCACGGCUCACGGGUAAGCCGUUGCGUCUUGUAGCAUAGUUACUUGAUAAACUGUCAUGAUUUGUUUAGUCCUGAAAGGAAUGAGAACGCUAAUACCAUCGAUUUAUUGUGCUGAA